GUCAGAAGUCGACCAAGCUAGUGAUCGCACGAAGCCUGGUCGCCGUGGGUGGUCUCUAAUUCCACUAUCCCCACGGCAUCUCUAGCCAGUGAAACCCUAACCAGCAGUGCUUGAAUAUUUUCUACCUUGCUCUCAUUAAGUUGACUGGUUAACAGAAGGAGCAUUCACACGCUUCCGUGACCCUCGCCAGAGGACAAUGGCGACAGCAGCUGGCACCGUCGCUGCUAGCUAUGCGAGUGUCAAAUCGCUGGUCGUGACACAUCCCCUGGAGGCCGCAUCGGGCUCUCAAUCGCAACCAGCCGCUCUCCACACUCCUCCGCCGCACCCUGCCUCCUCUCGCUCCUCAUCCAGACGCCGGCCCUUUCAGAUCGUCGCCCUCAGCAGCAACGGCAGCCAUAAUCGGAGCCGAAUAACCUCCUCCGGAGACUCCGGAUGGGUCAGGAAAGCCGCAUUAACCGGCGCAGGGCUAGCAGCCGGCAGCGGCAUUGGUUGCUUCUUAAUGCGACAAGAUGGUCUUAAUAUUCUGACCAGUGUUAUAGGAGGCGGGGGAGGCGGCGGGGGAGGCGGCAGCGGCGGUGGCGGGGGAGGCGGAGGGGGUGGCGGAGGGGGGAAGGGGCGAGGCGGGGGGAAGCGGAAUUGGUGGGAGUGGGAUGCGGCUGUAGCUGCGGAGGAUGAUGAGGAGUCGGAAUCAGAGGACGAGGAGGAGAGCGACGACGAGGAGGAGUCGGACGACGAAGAGGAGGAAGAGGAGGAGGAGGAAGAGGAGGAGGAGGGGGGUGCGAAGGCGAAGGAGGCGGCGGGAAAGAAGGAGGCGGAGGAGAAGGCGAAGAAGGAGAAGGAGAAGAAAACGGCGGCCGUUGCGGCUAAAGCGGAGGAGUUCGACCCCCACGGCAUGCGGGCGGGCACGCGCGUGGCGGUGGACAAGCUGAGCACGACGAAGCGGUACCGCGUGGCGGAGGUGGACCUGGUGGACCAGCGCAGCGACCGCGUCAUCCCCAAGGCGGACGGCUUCUACGAGAUGGUGUCCGUCGCCAAGGGCUCCGUGUGCACGCGCGCGCAGCUCGAGGCCGAGGUGCAGAACAUGGCGUCCAGCGGCAUGUUCCAGAUGGUCGAGGCCGACACCGUCGCUAAUCCCGACGGGUCUAUCAAGCUGGAGGUGAAGGUGCUGGAGGCGCAGUGGCAGGCGGCGAAGACGGUUCGGUGCGUGAACAUGGGGCUGGUGCAGCCAGACGCGGGCGGGCAGGAGGCGUCGGAGGACCCGGCGAAGCAGGAGGCGGCGUAUGCGGAGCGGCUGAGGCAGUCGCGGCAGUGCCUGCUGCCGCGCAAGGUGGAGAACGAGCUCAGCGCCAUGGUGCAGCGCGAGGGGCGCCUCACCGCGCGCAUGCUGCAGAAGAUUAGGGACCGCAUUCUGAAGUGGUACCAUGACAAGGGCUACGCCUGCGCCAACGUGAUCAACUUUGGCAACCUGAACACGCCCGACAUCGUGUGCGAGGUGGUGGAGGGCGACGUGACGGGCGUGGAGGUGCAGUUCCUCGACAAGAUGGGGCAGCGCUGCGAGGGCAUGACGGACGAGCGCGUCGUGCUGAGGGAGCUGCCCAUCGAGAUCAAGCCCGGCAACGUGUUCAACAUUGAAGCUGGAAGGAAGGCCCUGCAGAGCAUCUCGUCCCUGCAGCUAUUCGCCAAUAUGGAGGUCAACCCGCGGCCCGACGACCAGCUGGAGGGCGGCAUAGUGAUGGAGGUGAAGGUCCGCGAGCAGGAGCCCACGUCCGCCGAGGUGCAGACGGAGUGGAGCAUCCAACCCGGCGACACUGGCAAGCCCACGGUGUCCAUCCUGCCAGGUGGCAGCGUGUCAUUCGAGCAUCGCAACAUCAACGGCCUCAAUCGCUCCGUCACUGGCUCCGUCAGCGCGGGCAACCUGCUCUCGCCCCAGGACGACCUGGUGUUCAAGCUGGAGUACGUGCAUCCGUACAUCGACGGCGUUGAUGACACGUCGCGCAACCGGGUGGGCCGUGUGACGUGCUUCAACCACCGCAAGGUGUCGGCUGUCUUCACGGGCGGGCCGUCCCUGGAUGAGGUGCCGGCCAUCUGGGUGGACCGGGCGGGCAUCAAGGCCACCGUUAGUGAGAACUUCACCCGCCAGAGCCGCAUCACCUACGGAGCAGUAAUUGAGGAGGUGACAACUCGCGAUGAGAACACGAGCAUCUGCACGCAUGGCUUCAAGGUGCUGCCGUCCGGGCUGCCCACCCCCGACGGCCCGCCCACCACGCUGAGCGGCACGGGUGUGGACCGCGUGGCGUUCCUGCAGGCCAAUGUGACGCGCGACAACACCAACUUCGUCAACGGCACCCCCGUCGGCGAUCGCACCAUCUUCCAGGUGGACCAGGGCCUAGGGAUUGGCUCCGCCUUCCCCUUCUUCAACCGGCACCAGGUGACGCACACGCGCUUUGUGCAGCUCAGCGAGGAGGACGUGGACCGCUCGGACCGCCCGCCCAUGGUGGGCGUGCUGCACGCGCGCUACGGGGGGUGUGUGGGCGACCUGCCCUCCUACGAGGCAUAUGCGCUGGGCGGGCCGUACUCGGUCCGCGGGUACAACAUGGGCGAGAUUGGCGCGGCCCGACGCUUCCUGGAGCUUGCUGGUGAGAUUCGGGUUCCAGUCAAGACCACCCAUGCCUACGCCUUUGCUGAGAUGGCAUCUGACCUCGGGAGCUCCGGCCUAGUAUCUGGUAACCCUACUGAGUUCUUCCGCCGAGCCGGCUUCGGAGCCUCGGUGGGGGCUGGCGUCAGGCUCGGCACCGUACGUGCCGAGUAUGCUCGGGAUUGCAACAUGGGCACCGGCUCGUGGUUUGUCCGGUUUGGCGAGAGGUUCUAAACCGGAGGAGGCUCUUGUAAGACUCCGGCCUGUAUGCUCUUCGCUGAUCAAAUAUUUUGUGCUUUGAAAACGGUACCAGUCUUAGGGGUUUUUCUAGUUGGCAAGGUACAGCAGGAGAGGGUUCUUCACAAUUUCUGGCUCAUGGAAGGAUGGGUGCUUUCCUGAGACGCCCCAAAUGGCUCCAGGAUGUGAGCAUUUGACGCCCGGUAUCCAUGUGUCUGAUCUUUCUCAGGUUGAGGCAUAGUAGACUGAAUUAAAUAAUGUAACAAUCCUACAUCUGGGUCUUUGCCUUAAGGUAGAAGAGGAGG